AGGGGUCAGUGGCGUGGUGAACGGAGAGGGUUGCGUUGGUUUGUCAGACGCCUCAACUAAUAUAAAAACGUUUUCUUUUACAGUCCGUAACCAAAAUAUGCGGGCAAAGGGGGUAAUAGUUUUAACACUGUGGCCGGUUGAGAUGAUUAGAGUCUGAGUUCGGAAGACAUUUUUGGGAUUUCAAAAUUGCAUAGGCCCACCUAGGUAACAGCAUUUGUGGGCAGGUAGGGAAGUAGCCUUCCGGAAGAACUCGCGAUACAGGUUGGCAGUUUGCAUACGGCACUCGUAAAGUAAGUUUUGAAACAAGUUUUUAAUCAACUACAGAAGGAAAAAUGAAGGAUUUUCGAAAAAAGAAGCUGUAUGUCUUCGUGGACGUGCUGUGCGUGUUAGUGGCGGCACUGCCUUUCCUCAUUAUGACCGUCGUUUUCCGGCCCUACCAGAGGGGUGUGUACUGUGACGAUGAGGAUAUCAAGUACCCCCUCAAACCUGACACUAUCACCCACGGCCUGCUGGCUGCAGUCACCAUCUCCUGCACCGUCAUCAUCCUAGCAUCAGGAGAGGCCUACCUGGUCUACAGUAAGAGGAUUCACUCUAACUCUGAGUUCAACGGGUACGUGGCGGCGCUCUACAAGGUGCUAGGUACCUUCCUGUUCGGGGCAGCUGUCAGCCAAUCACUGACGGACCUGGCUAAGUUCUCCAUUGGACGCCCACGGCCCAACUUCAUGGCCGUCUGCAACCCCAAGGUCUGCAAAGGCUACAUGCUGGAUAUCAACUGCACCGGCAACUCUCAUGACGUCACUGCGUCCAGGUUGUCCUUCUACUCCGGCCACUCCUCCUUCGGGAUGUACUGUAUGCUGUUUCUAGCAUUGUAUGUCCAGGCGAGGCUGAGGGCAAAGUGGGCCAGACUCCUCCGACCCACAAUCCAGUUCUUCCUGGUGGCCUUUGCAGUGUACGUGGGCUACACCCGCGUGUCCGAUUACAAGCACCACUGGAGCGACGUUCUGGUGGGCCUCCUCCAAGGCGCUCUCAUUGCCAUCCUCAACGUGCGCCACGUGUCAGACUUAUUCAAGCAGGGUCCUCCCCACUGCUCCAGCCCAGAGACGGUCGAGAACGAGGAACUGGAGCGCCGCAAACCCAGCCUGCAGAUGGCAGAUGCAGAUCACAACAACCAUUACAGCUACCCAGGGCCUGUGUGAGAGGGGCCAACCCAGUCAACCACUCUCACAACAAGCUCCCACAAACCACUGGACUGACUGAGGGGGCUGCGCACAUUACCAGAAUCCUCUAUGGCCUGGGUGCACCAGCGCAUGAGUGGGAGAGGACUUUUAUAUUGAGGCAUCAUCGUUGAUGUUCACUAGUUUUUUACUAUAUUCGUCUCAGAUGUUUUUAUGUUGCUUUUUUUAACACAAUAGAUUAGGUAAGAGUACCAAACAUUCAGAUAAGAAAGAAAGACCAUUCUCAGAAGAGAAGAUGUCUAGAUGAGUCCCAUUUUAGUGCACCUUAGUCAUAUGAGUAAUCUGAACUUCAGUGGGAGUUUGGGAUUGAUAUGUUGAAUGUUUCACCUAUGUGAAAUGGACUGCAGAGAUUUAGAAAUGUUGAUGUUGAUUGUGUAAGCUUGAUAUACCACUAGAUCACAAACAAUCAAUGCAAACGUUUGGCAUAAAGAUUUUAGAAAUUGAAAAUUUGAAAUUUAGAAAUUUUAGCUACGCACAUUCUAGCAUCAAUCACU